CACCACUUACCUACUGGGCGACUUCCCCGCCUGAGCCUCCCUUUCCUCACCUGUAUAACGGGCUUGGAAACAGCACCAGGAGGGCAAGUUGGCUGGCUCAGGGCAGCACGACACUCUUGAUCUCUAGAUGGAGACCCUGAGAACAUUCCUCAGCACAGGAGGGAGACAGACUAGUCCUGUAACCCCUGACAAGUUGCCUCCACUUUCUGAGAGAACAGGUAGGUCCCUUCUCUGGGUGCCUGGCACACAGUAGGUGCUCAAUACAUGUAUACUUACUUAUCUCCCGGCCCCAGUCACUUGUCCAAGGAGAAGGGGGGGGUGCUUUAAGAGUCUGAUAUUCCUCAGAUAUUCCUACUCUCAGCCCGUUCUGGGGUCACUUCCUCUGGUGGCCCUCCAGCAGCCUCCUGGGCUCCCCGCGGGAGAGGUACCAACCCCAGCUCUACCAGACUGGCCAGUCUUUCAAGGCGAGGGCAGCCGUCCCUCCGCAGCGCCGCGGCAGGGAUGAAAAUUGAGCGUGGGGCGUUCAGGCAUACGAUCCCAGUUACUAAGAUUCCCCUUCAGGUGGUGUUUUACUGAAUGCCUUCACACGCCCGCGCUCAUCUUCCGUAAAGGUUGUGUUAUUAUGACACCCCCAGGCCACACUGGGGGAAACGGAGGCACAGAGAGGGGGAGAUGGCUUGUGUAGCAAACACAAGUGUGGCACGUGUUACUUACACACAAUGUUACACAACUCACGUGUCCUCCUCAUCGUGGUUCUCACAGUGUGGUCCGUGGGCCAGGAGUACCAACAUCCCCUGACAACUUGUUAGCGUUGCAGAUUACAGGGUUUACUGUAGACCCGCGGAAUCAGAAACUCUAGAGUGGGGCCGAGCGGUCUGGGUUUCAGCAAGCCCUCCAGGGGAUCCUGAUAAACGCCAAAGUUUGAAAACCAUUGUCUUGCACAACCCUACCAAAGUCACUAUAAUUAUCCCUAUUUUACAAAUAGGGUAAUUGUGGCCAAGCGAAGGCAAUUGGUGCAGAACCACAGCUGUAAUUGGGAGUACCAGGAUUCUAAUCCAGAGAGUGUGGCGCCAGAAAUGGGUUCUUGGAGACCACUAACGAUUUGACAUCAGAAUCAGAAGUACGAUCAGCAAUAUUUGGCCAUUUGCUAAUAAUUCCGUAUGGAGCAGCUACUGCAUGUCCAUGCACCGUGCUAAACUCUGGGACGUCUCUUUCUCCGUUGCUGGCCUAGGAGGGGUACUGGGGUUAGGAAUCACCGAGGAGGGGUAGGUAUCUGAUUGUUACACUCAGAAAGUAGGUACCGGGAGGCGGGCUCCGCUGCCCCUUUAAAAGGCGGGGCCUGAGCAACGGAACUGAGGAGCGUAAGUGCGACACGUGCCCGAGAGGCUAAGAAGGAUACACCCGGAAGUCUCUGAGGCGUGCUGGAACCGCGCCGCCGGAGGCCUCGCCGCUAUGGGCCGCAACAAGAAGAAGAAGCGAGAUGGCGACGACCGGCGGCCGCGGCUCGUUCUCAGCUUUGAUGAAGAGAAGCGGCGGGAGUACCUGACUGGCUUCCAUAAGAGGAAGGUAGAGCGGAAGAAGGCAGCCAUUGAGGAGAUCAAGCAUCGGCUCAAGGAGGAGCAGAAGAAGCUCCGGGAGGAGCGGCAUCAGGAAUACUUGAAGAUGCUGGCAGAGAGAGAGGAGGCCCUGGAGGAGGCAGAUGAACUGGACAGGCUGGUGACGGCCAAGACAGAGUCGGUGCACUAUGACCACCCCAACCACACAGUCACCGUGACCACCAUCAGCGACCUAGACCUCUCGGGGGCCCGGCUGCUGGGACUGCCUCCACCGGAGCAAGGGACUGGCCACAGGCCCGAGGAAGAGGUGUCCUCCACGGAAAAGCCGACCAGAGCCUUACCCCGGAAAUCCAGAGAUCCCCUCCUGUCCCAGCGGAUUUCCGCUCUCACGGCGUCACUGCACGCACACAGCCGCAAGAAGACCAAGAGGAAACGUCCCCGACGGGCCCCGGACUCCACCAAGAAGCCCCCAAGCGCCACCCGUACGAGCAAGACCCAGCGCCGCCGGCUGACGGGCACGGCCCGGCACGGUGCAGAGUGAGCCCCGAGAACCAGGCCGUGCCCAGCCCGGGCUGAAAGCUUGGCUGUCCCAGGAACCCAGCCCCGAGGGGGCGACUCUGCGGCCCAGGCCUGGGAGGCCAGCACCUGUGGCCCGGAGCUGGGCCGCCGGAGGGGGCAGGCAGCUGAGAGUUGGCUACCGGCGGGAGGAGCCUUCAGACUCGAAUCGUUGGCAUCUUCCCACCUGUGUCCCCACGGAGCCGUCAACAGAUUGUGAAGCUGAGCGCGCUCUUGGUCUUGUUUGUCCCUGACCCUGACGCCACGUGCCAGGGGCCGGCUUCUGAGGUGGAUGAGACAGUCAGGCAAGGAGGUCCACCCUCACGGUCCAGCAGUGUCCGUGUGGGUGUGAGAAAGUGGUAGAGUCCAGUCACCCCACCGCUGCGAGAAGCUGCUCCUGGGCCGGGGGCAGGGGGCGCGGUGCCAGACUCCGCCCUUUACUGGCUGCGACUCUGGGUCUGUCCCUUCCUGGCCUCACUGUCUUCAGCUGGAACUGAAGUGGUGGGAGCGGGUGAGUUCCAGGAGCAUUCCCCACCCAGCUGGGGACCAGUGAGAGACGGGAAGGUGACAGGAGAAGCUACAUGUCCCACCUGGCCCCGGGGUGGGGGUGGGGGUGCUGGCAGGAGGGGAGCUGAAGUCCCAAACCCGUCUUCUUUCUGCUCAGCCCAGGGAGGGCUGCCGCUGGGGAGGCUCAGGAACAGGGGCUCCGUAGGCUGUGUCUCGGGGGGACUGGCACUCUCCCGUGUCACCAUCCAGACCCGACAUCUGGUGCCUGCGUGAAGGCCACACCUGGACAUGGGAACGCGAAGCUCAGGGCGUAUGGGGGGGAGACGCUGUGACCUGGCCCUUUGGCUCUUCCCCUGGCUCUUCCUGCUAGCCUCCCUCUUCUCGGGGUGGGGUGACUCGCUCUGCUGGGCUGCAUCCAUCCUGGGCAGAGGCUGGGGCCUGCUAGCAAGCUGGCCUGGUGCUUCUAGUGCUCCCCCCGGGGUGGGGAGUGUGAGCCUUGCCCUCACCCGCCCCCCGGGAGCAGAAUACAUCCUGGGCCCAAGGGAUUAGUGCACAGGGGUGGGCGUGGGUUUGAAUCCUCACUCUGCCAUUUGGCCUCUGUGUGGGCACUUUGCCAUGCUGACCUCUCUGGGCAUAUCCCCACAAGUAAGAAGUAAGACCCCCCCCCCUCCUGGGGCUGCCCCGAGGCCGCCAGGAGCCCUGAGCACGAGCCACCUCCCGCAGCCCCUGGCAUCCCGGCCUCUGCUGGCCCCUGCGAUGGCUGACCCACGGCUCUUCUCCCGUCCCCAGUGCCACAGGGUCAUUUACCAUUUAGAGCUACACGUUGUGAUGUUUAAAAAUAUUAAAUUCUCAUUCGCUC